GCAAUAAUGAAGUUUUCGAACUUCCUUUUCGCAGCCCUUGCGGCUAGCAGUCAUGCACGAAAUGUCCUCCCCCGCGGCACUCGUCCAUCCAACAUCCUCGACUCCCGAGCCCUCCUCCAAGACAUAGUGACAUUCGACGAACACUCCCUGUUCAUCCACGGCGAACGCGUAACAAUCUUCUCCGCCGAAAUCCACCCUUUUCGUCUCCCCGUUGCAUCUCUCUACCCCGAUCUCUUCCAAAAGGUCAAAGCCAUGGGCUUCAACAUGGUUUCGUUCUAUGUUGACUGGGCUCUUCUAGAAGGGAAACCUGGAGAGUUUAGAUCUGAGGGGGCGUUGGACUUGCAGCCGUUUAUUGAUGCGGCGCAUGAGGCGGGGAUUUAUCUCCUUGCGAGGCCUGGGCCAUAUAUCAAUGCUGAAGUAUCCGGGGGUGGAUUUCCGGGUUGGUUGCAAAGGGUGAAAGGGUUUUUGAGGACGAAUGCCACGGAUUAUCUCACUGCUACUGAUAAUUAUGUUGCCCAUGUCGCCAAGAUCAUCGCAAAAGCCCAAAUCACCAAUGGCGGUCCAGUCAUUCUGUACCAGCCAGAGAACGAGUACAGCGCUGCACAAGGAACGCCUUUCCCAAAUCAUGAUUACUUGAAAUAUGUCAACGACCAGGUUCGCAAGGCUGGCGUUGUUGUACCGCUUAUUAACAAUGAUGCUUGGCAAGGAGGUACUGGGGCACCUGGUACAGGACCUGGGGCUGUCGACAUUUAUGGACAUGACGGAUAUCCUGUUGGAUUUGACUGCGCAAACCCAUACACUUGGCCGAAGGAUGGUCUUCCGACGACCUGGCAUGCGGAGCAUGAGAAGAUCAGUCCCAAUACACCAUACUCUAUCAUUGAAUUCCAAGGUGGAGGUUUUGAUCCUCCUGGUGGCGGCGGCUUCGAUAACUGCUACGAGCUCACCAACCAUGAGUUUGCCCGUAUCUUCUAUAAGAACAACCUCGCUGCAGGUGUUACUAUCUUCAACAUUUACAUGACCUGGGGAGGUACCAACUGGGGAAACCUUGGCCAUUCCGAUGGCUAUACCUCUUACGACUACGGAGCAGCAAUCAAAGAAGACCGAACAAUCACCCGCGAGAAAUACUCCGAGAUAAAGCUCCAGGGCCAAUUCCUCCGUGUCUCACCAAACUACGCCAUCGCAGAAGCAAGUAACUUCACAACCACAAAAUACAGCGACAAUAAGAACAUUGCCGUAACAGCUUUGACCACCAAGAAAGACGACGCAUUCUACGUCGUCCGUCACACAGACUAUCGAACCACCGACUCAGCAUCUUAUAAACUCAAAGUUAAGACCUCCGCUGGAACCUUGACGAUUCCUCAACUAGGCGGAUCUUUGUCGCUGCAUAGACGAGAUUCAAAAAUUCAUGUUGUGGAUUAUCCUGUUGGAAAGUUCAAGUUGUUGUAUAGUACUGCUGAGGUGUUUACGUGGAAGGGCGUUGGCGAUAGGACUGUUCUUGUGCUUUACGGGGGCGCUGAUGAAGUUCAUGAGGUUGCGGUUAAGGGGCAGGAGAAAUUGAAGGUUGUUGAGGGUGAUGGUGUCAAAAUUGAGAACAAGAAGGGUGCAGGUGUUUUUCAGUUCAAGACUAGCACAAAGCGUCGUGUUGUGCAGGCUGGGUCUCUUUACAUCUACCUCUUGGAUCGCAAUGCUGCGUACAAGUACUGGGUCCCUACCAUCCCAAGCAAGAAGAGUGGAGAGUAUGGAUCGUCUGUCAUGAACCCCGACGCCAUCAUUAUCAACGGCCCAUACCUUGUCCGAUCUGUCUCUGUUGAAGGCCCCAAGCUUUCUGUCCAAGCUGACUUCAACACCACUACACCAGUUGAGAUCAUCGGCGCACCCAAGGGAGCCUCUCACCUGGCCAUCAACGGCAAAGACACUCCGUUCACAAAAUCUAAGCUUGGGAACUGGCUCGUCAACCCUGAGAUCAAGCUUCCCUCCGUCAAAGUUCCAGAUCUUAAGUCACUGGACUGGCAUUACAUCGACGCUCUUCCCGAAGUGAAGAAAGACUACGAUGACUCCAAGUGGCGUACCGCUGAUAUUAAGAAGACUUUCAACUCUAAGUGGCCCCUUAACAACUCAGUAUCGCUGUACUCUGGCGACUAUGGCUUCCACGCCGGCGCACUGGUCUUCCGUGGUCACUUUACAGCAUCUGGAUCAGAGUCCAAACUCAAGCUCUGGACAUUUGGUGGACGCGCUUAUGGCAGUUCAGUUUGGCUUGAUGACAAGUUCCUUGGAUCCGUUACAGGAGCGGGCAACAACAACAACGAUACGUCAACUUACAACCUUCCCAAAACCGAAAAGGGUAAAAAGCAUGUUGUGACAGUCAUCGUUGACAACAUGGGUCUGAAUGGAAACUGGGUACCCGGCGUCGAUGAGACAAAGCAACCUCGGGGGAUUCUCGACUGGCACAUCACCUCAGACUCCGGCAAAGAGACAAAGGUCUCAAAGUGGAAACUGACGGGCAAUCUCGGCGGCGAGAAUUACAGGGACAAAUUCCGCGGUCCCCUCAACGAAGGCGGCUUUUUCUUCGAACGCCAAGGCUAUCAUCUCCCAUCCCCUCCCCUCUCCUCCUUCAAACCUGGUUCACCCUUCAAGGGCCUUUCCAAGCCCGGCGUGUCAUUCUUCACAGCCAAACUCCCCCUCAACAUCCCUUCAUCAACCCACGACAUUCCCUUAUCAUUCACCUUCAAAAACAACACCUCCAGCACAGGAGCUUACCGCGCUUUACUCUAUGUGAACGGUUUCCAGUACGGAAAAUACGUCGCCAACGUGGGACCCCAGACAAACUUCCCUGUACCUGAAGGAAUUUUAAACUAUGGGGGUGAUAAUUGGAUCGGCAUUGCGCUUUGGGCUUUGGAGAAGAGCGCUAAUGUUGAGGGGUUGAAGUUAACGGCUGGUGUUCCUGUUCAGACCGGUCGGAAGCCUGUGAAAGUGGUCGAGGGGCCGAAGUAUUCUAGACGCCAAGGUGCUUAUUAGUGAGGGUGCAACGUUUCAAUUGGUGGCGCCGUAUAAGGUUCUGCUAUAUUUAGUGUUUGUUGGAGUGAUGAGGCGUUCGGUCCUACGGUAUCAUCCGUGGCCAAUUGAGGGUGUUCCUUUCCCGUUGGAGAAUGUGUCUAUCCCGUUAGAGAAGAGAGUGAUUUGCGU